CGACAGAUCGACAGCCGAAUCGAGUGGUUACUUGGAAAUACUGGACAUGACUGCAACCAUGGCAACCGCAGAGACCGAAGGAAACAUGACUGAUGAUUUUAUGAUGAACUUUGACGUCACCGUCCCGAUAUCGAUCUCCAUCGUAAUCACUCUUCUUAUGAUCGUGGUCACCAUCGGAGUCCUUGGAAACUUGAUGGUCAUCGUCAUCGUGUUCAAAAACUCCACGAUGCGGACGACGCCGAAUGCCAUGGUGGCAUCGCUAGCGGUCGCAGACCUUCUCGUUCUUCUGAUGUCGGUGCCCUUCAAAAUUAUAUUUCUUUUCACAAAGACUUGGCCUUUCGGAAACGUCUGGUGUAAAGUCGUUCAUCACCUAGCCACCUCUUGCGGGUUGGUGUCCGUGUAUUCACUGGUAGCUCUCAGCGCAGAUCGUUACCACGCUAUUGUGCGCCCAACGAGCUACACCGGUAAUAGGAGUGCGUGUAAGCUGUCCUCUCUGGUGGGUUCCCUAUGGGUGAUUUCCAUCGCACUGGGGAUACCACCUUUCAUUUCGUCCCGCGCAAUGCCCACGCUGCAUCCGGACUUCACUUUCUGCUACAUGGACAUGGGUAAAUACAAGGAAGUCUACACCAUCACGUUCUGUAUCCUAAUGUUCGUAUUCCCUCUCCUUCUCAUCAGUGUAUACUACUCCAGGGUGGCAUGGCGUCUCCUGAAGAGCGCUAGGGCUAUUCCAGGAGAAGCCAAUGACAAGCGCCCUCAACUGCGCUCCAGGAAGCGCUUAGCCGUGGUUGUUCUUGCUAUCGUCGUACUUUUCGCCAUACUUUGGUUUCCACACAUUUGCGUGCGACUCUUCUUUCAGUUCCACCCUUAUGCUAUGGACCUCCCGGGAAUGGGCGAGGCCAAGCUAUUUUCUGACGUCAUCAAGUAUCUAAACCCUUGCAUCAAUCCUUACAUCCUCUGCUUCAUAAGCUCAACCUACCGUAAGCAUUUUCGUCGCUCUUUCUGUUGGUUGUGCAGCAGGAAAAGGCGUUUCGACCGCGCGCGUUCGCUUACGUUUUCGUCCAAAGGGUCGUCGACGCGAACGAAAUUUACCGAAUUCCUCCCGAUGUAAUACCAAAAGGACGCACCAUCCUCGGAAAGUUUUAUCGACUGUUUUGAAACCUACUACGACCUACAAAAAGAGAAGAACAGAUUAUAUACAAAAGGAUUACAAUAUGUCGGUCAUCUAAGACACUGCACUUUUGUUUUAAAAAACUCUAUAAAUAAAACCGGUUCCACGGGGUUUAAGGCUAGAACAUGUUCAGAUCACCUACCACAUUGUAUAUGAGAAGAAAAAAAAAUCCUACACUUUACAAAUACUAUCAUAAUAUUUUGUAUAAAUUGGAGGCCUAAAUAAUCAUUUAAUGAAUCGACUCAUAGCAAGGGGAUGAACAUAAUGAGACCGAGUAAAUUGCAGAUGGUAAUACUCGUCGUAUAAUUAUGUUAUGCUAUUGAUAUCUCCUCAAGGCAAUCAUUUAUAUUUUCAAACAUGUUGUAGGUUGUCCGUUAAUUCAUCAUGAAGUGAUGAAAGAAAGAAAAAAAACCUGUUGGGUGAAACACUUAGCAAUGUGUCGUUAAUUUGUCGAAUAAGGGAUUAUCGAUAUACAGUGUACCUUUAAUGUAUACAUCCCUUUUAUGAGAAUAAAACAUAUAUAGUUUAAUUACUGUUCAUAAUUUGAAUUGGACUAAUUAGUAAGUAUAUACAAUUAUAGUUGUACAUUUGGUGGUAAUACAAACAGUUUAAGAAUUCAUUUCUUAAAACUUUAAAUGUAAAGUUCAGUUACAUUUGAAAAGAAACUGUAAGCAAUACUGGAAGAAUUGGUGUAUAAUGUUAUUAAUGUAAGGUUUCGAAAUCCUCAUAAUGAUAAGAAAUUAACUGCGUGGUCUGAGCUCUGUUUCAUAAACGGAAAUAACGAAAUCUAAAUAUAUAUUACAAUUUUGCUCUCAGCCAAUCAACUGCCAUUAUUUCAGUAGCUUAUAACAGUAACUCUAUUUCUGUGAUUUGGUUCUCACAAUAAUUUCUAUUUUCAUUUGGGAAUGUUUUACUGUUACAAAUUUGUUACCCAUUUAAACAGUGUGAAACUCAUUUCUUAACUUAUUAAAUCAAAUUGCACAAUACAACUUUUAAAUGGAUGGCAUGGGUUAACAGCAAACUUGAAUAGCAGAAGGAGAAUGUAGCCGUAUUUUUGUUAUAAGUGUAAAAAUUUCUCAGUAGUUACACACUUUUCACUUGAAUGACGAAUGUAAUAUAUAUUCUAACUUUAUAUCUGUACAUAUGUAUAAAUUAUAUUUAUCGCACAUGUAAAUUCGCAAUAUAUAUAAAAUUACGUAUCAUGUAUUUAACCAGAGUAACUAUUUCGAUUUUGUAAAAUAAUGAUAAGUUCAUAUAUGAAAAAGACGAAGAGAAAAGCCUAUUGAAAGUCGAUAAAUAAUACGUAUUUCCGGGAUUGGUUCAUUAAAUUUAUUUUCUUUCCUUUCUUAUUAUAUAUAAUUUACCCCCAACGACUUUUGAACACGUUAUCUUUUGUCAAACAAGAAUAAAAACAAGAACAAGGACGAUGGUAACUAAAUAGCGUAUAAUGACUGUUAAAAUUGUGAGGUGAUGCAUGAAUUCAUAUAUCAAAUCUGCAUUCUUAUAUGAAAAAAACAGACGGUAACUUAGAUUCAAUAGAUUGCACUGCUACCACAAUACUUCUGCAAAUAUUACUUCUACUACAAAACUUCUACAUCAACUCCUAUCGCACUUGAAACAAUUAUACUACUGCAACCAUUACAUCUACUAAUUAUUAUACUGCUGCUGCUGCUACUACUACUACUACUACUACUUCUACUACUACUACUACCAUGACUACUACUCCUACGACGGCGACGAUGACGAAUACUUCUGCUACAACUACUACUACUAUUUGUAUAAUCUGCUGCUCUUUCUAGACCGAUAUCAAUAUUACUUCUACAACUAACAAUGCUACUAAUACUACUGCUGUCACUAUUACUACCGUAACCACUAACACAACAACAACAACAACAACAACACUGCUACUACUAUUAUUAUUGCUAACAUUUUCUUAGUAGGCCUACCUUAUUUUGUGUUACCAGUACAAACCGUCUUUCUUUCAAGGACCUAAAGGAAUAUAUUUGAAAAAAUGGGAUUAUUUGCAUUCAAUUUACCAGACCUUUUGGUAACUGGGGGUUUGUUUCACCAAUACUCGUGUAACCCGAUCUGACGUGAACAUCCGAUGGACCUAAGUAAGCCCGAUACACAUGUAGCAUACAUACAUCUAUUGAAGCACGUUGCCAAUGUAACAAGGUGGAGACGAUGACUACUUCUACUAUUACUACUACUAGUAGUAUUAUUACUAUUAGUAUGCUGUUAGCACUUCUACUUAAUAUUACUGCUGAUACUGCUACUUAUACUUCUUCUACCAACACCACCACUCCCACUAUUACUACCACUUCUUCUCCACUCCUUCUGAUAAUGGUUGGUAAUAGUAAUAUGCUUAAUACAACCAUUAACAUUGAUUUCAUGUCUCCAAUAAUCAUACCAAAAUGAUUCCUACUAUCAAAUACUUCGACUGCUACCAUAUGCACAACCAUCAACACCACUACUACUACCUUAGUUCUAAUACUACUACUACUACUACUACU